AUGGUAGGUACGACGAUAACAUCAAGUGUCUAUACAACAGUCUACACACCGUGCCGGUGCCUCUCCAUCCAGAAAAAAAUCGGCAAUCUUCUCUCCUCUCCUCUACGAAUACUGCGAGGCGACGAUAGACGCUGUCAGUCGUCGAACCUAAUACCUCAAGGCUGCUCUCGGAUCUCUGUGGCACCAUACCCCACAUCCUUCCCCUGCCCAACCUCUGCACGCCCAUCCCCCUCACCCUCGGGCCCUUCCUCGGCUCUUCCCCCAACAAACUCCCCAAGCGCCUCCUCCUCUUUAUCGUCAACCUUCUUGUGCAGUCCUUCCGGUAUGAAUCCCGUCAUCAGUGGCGCUGGCAAGCAUAUCAGCAGCACCACGAUCCAUGACAACUGCCGGCCUAGGGUCCACGCGGGGGAUUGUGUCGAGAUGGAGUAUACCCAGCUGUUUGGUUUUCACCACGUUGGUUCCAUGUUUGCCGAGGCAGGGAGGCAAUGGCGAUACGUAGGGGGUAGAUGCCGAUGA